UGUGGAAAACAUAAACGUGGAGAUCUGUUUUAGAUGGUUAAAUAUGGGCCUCGGCGGGGGUGACGGUCAUGCGAAUCGGGGCUAACGACGACUGCGAUUGACAUGGGACCGCUGCGGUCGAAGGCACGGCGGCCGUCUUGCCGUCGACGGGGUAGUACCUAUCGCAUUGGGCGACCGGAGGGUAUGAAACAAGGUAAGCCGGAAGUCGGGCCGCGAGCGCAUCCAAGAAUUCGACUUUCUCGUGCGAUCGGCACACUUUGCCAAUGCGGAUGACACGGCCUUGGUACGUGAACCCGAGCGCCCCAUUCGCGUUGAUCUGGAUAGGGCCCAUCGUGGCCGUGUCAAACUUGGCCGAGCCGCCAAGGCCAGUGCCUGGAAUGCCCCAUUCGUACGUCAACACCGCCCCAGCCAAGGUGAACCGUUCGAAGCCAUACAGCAGCCACUGCACGCCAACAAACACGGUCAUGCUUGCUGUGGAUGCGACGCAGAUGCCAACAACGAACAGUGGCAACGGCAUCGAGAACAUCGUGAGCAUCCCAAACGCAAUGGCGGUCCCAAUGGCCACGAGGAAGGCAACGCGAGCGGGGGUGUAGUAGACCCGCAUGGUUACCUCCACUUGGUCGUUGGUCGCCUCAACAAACACGCGAUCCGACAGCAUCUUGGCGAGAUUUUUUGGCAAGUGA